GGUGUAAAAAGGCGGGGCCAGUCCGCCAUUAAUGCAAUUCUUCCCACCUUCCUCCGUCCACUUUUCUAAAACUCUCUCUCUUUCUUGCUUUCUGCCACUUAAGUAUUGAUCAAAAGCAGUGCUCACAGCUGGCCAAUUCUCUCUUUCUAUUGCAACAAAAGCUAGUCUCUAAUCUCUCUUUCCGUGCUCUACAGCUCCAUUCUUUCCCUGCGAUUGGAGUUUUAGGUUAACAAAAGAACAGGUAAAGAAUCCGAAAGAGGGUGUCUCAUAUGGUGGGAUCCUGUCUCAUGGGGAUUUGCUUGAGCUCUCGAAUUAAAGCUGAGAGCCCAUUUAACACAGGGACGAGUUCGAAGUAUGUUAGCACAGAAGGAAAUGAUCUGAGCAGUGUGAGUAGCAAGGUCUCAUCAGGUUCGAUUUCACGAAGUGAGGGUGAGAUUUUGCAGUCCCCUAAUGUGACAAGCUUUAGUCUUUCCGAUCUCAAAAUGGCCACCAGGAAUUUCCGUCCUGAUAGUGUAUUAGGAGAAGGUGGAUUUGGUUCUGUUUUUAAGGGAUGGAUUGAUGAGAACUCAUUUACUGCUGCCAAGCCUGGGACUGGCGUGGUUAUCGCUGUGAAAAAGCUUAACCAAGAAGGUUUGCAAGGUCACCGGGAGUGGUUGGCAGAAGUGAAUUUUUUGGGGCAGCUUUCUCAUCCACAUCUUGUGAAACUGAUUGGAUACUGCUUAGAAGAUGAACACCGUAUUCUGGUCUAUGAAUUCAUGCCGCGAGGCAGCUUGGAGAAUCAUUUGUUUCGCCGAGGAUCUUAUUUCCAACCCCUUUCUUGGUGCCUCCGAAUGAAGGUUGCGCUUGGUGCAGCAAAGGGGCUUGCCUUUCUUCAUAGUGCUGAAAUAAAAGUGAUAUAUCGGGACUUCAAGACUUCCAAUAUCCUUCUAGACUCGAGCUACAACGCAAAACUUUCUGAUUUUGGACUGGCAAAGGAUGGACCAUCAGGUGACAAAAGUCAUGUGUCUACCAGGAUCAUGGGAACCUAUGGAUAUGCAGCCCCCGAAUAUCUAGCCACAGGUCAUUUGACCGCCAAAAGUGAUGUCUAUAGUUUUGGGGUUGUUCUGCUAGAGAUGUUAUCAGGCAGGAGGGCAAUUGACAAAAAUCGGCCUUCUGGAGAGCACAAUCUAGUUGAAUGGGCGAAACCCUACCUUGCAAACAAACGCAAGGUCUUGCGUCUGAUAGAUAACCGACUUGAAGGUCAGUAUUUGUUAGAUGUGGCAUAUAAGGUGGCUACCCUUGCAUCGCGAUGCAUUUCCAUCGAAUCCAAAUUUAGGCCUCGCAUGGAUGAGGUUGUGACAACAUUGGAACAACUCCAGGAUUCAAAGGAAACUGUAAAUCCUCAGCAAAGAGUGUUGAGGCCCCGUAGAAGAAGUGCUGAUGAUGCUAGAACUGGAAGGACCACUACUGCCUACCCUAGGCCUUCUGCUUCUAUUUAUGCUUGAAACUGGAUGUCUGGAACCAGAGGACUUGACUUGAGCUGUUUUAUUUUCCAUUGAAGGAAGAUGCUGUUGGUACUGCAGCAUUCGCAGGCUCUUGGGCAUUUGCCUGCAUUUGUUGUAUAAUUGUACAGUUCUAGUUCAGCUAAUGACUUGGACAGUCCUGUCGACACAAAAUCUAAGACAACAUGUGUGCCUGAGCAUUUCGUGCAAUGUUGUUCACUUCUCGAGCCCCUACGUUGUGUGUAACAUUUGAAACAGCUUGCAGACUGGAUGUGAGCGCCUAGAAAUGACCUUAGUUGGCUCUGCUUUUGGUUUCUGCUAUGGGCGUUGUAUGACAACAAUAAGAAUAAUCUAUCAAUGUUAUAAGGCA